AUGGCAAUUGGUGGUUUGGGUCAAUUGGAUCAAGAAUAUGACGGAUCCGAACUUAAAGUUCUGAUUAUCCAUGCCCGUUGGAAUCGUGAGAUUAUUGAUGCUUUGGUCGAAGGUGCCGUCAAGAGAAUGACCGGUCUAGGUGUUAAAAAAUCAAAUAUAACCAUUGAGACCGUUCCUGGCUCCUUUGAAUUGCCAUAUGCUUGCAGAGUCAUGGGCAAAUCUCAGUUGUAUGAUGCGAUUAUACCAAUCGGCGUCCUGAUCAAGGGCAGUACGAUGCAUUUCGAGUACAUUGCUGAUAGUACCACCAAAGAACUAAUGUCAUUGCAAGAAAAAAUUAAUACUCCUAUCAUUUUUGGUUUGCUUACAUGUAUGACUGAAGAGCAAGCACUAGCAAGGGCAGGCAUUGACGAAGGUCAUACUAUGCAUAAUCAUGGUGAGGACUGGGGUGCUGCUGCUGUCGAAAUGGGAAUUAAAUAUGGUCGUUGCCCUCAGCAUUCUCGCUAA